AUGGGCGUGAUGUUCGUGGUGACAGACUUCGACCGUGAAACCGUCAUCGACGAAGCGGUCUACUCGUCCAUGCGGGCCGGCGACUACUGGCGGCGCAACCCCAAGGCCAACCGCUUGUUUUUGGUGCUCGACAACAUCUCCGCACCUCUGGAGGGUGAUGUCGAGCUGGAGGUGUCGUACCAGCCGCACUUCAACACCAUCACCAAGACCGGAGACGCCCACUUCAGCAAGAUCCCGCACGCCGUCGCGGAGCUUGUCGACAACUCCAUCCAGGCAACCACCGACAAUCCGGGGCCCCGCACGGUGGAGAUUGAGGUCGAGCUGGGGGGUAGGGGGGGUAGUUUCCUCGUGGUGAAGGACAAUGGCAGAGGGAUGAACGCAGCCGGGCUGAAGGACUUCGCGACCUACUUCCUCACGCAGGAGAACCGCGGCGUGUCCGGCCCUCUUGGGUCAUCCACCCCGGCCUUCGUGGAAUCCCAGCCAAGCGUGUCUCAGGGCGGCAGCGCAAGCGGGAGCGCGGGGGGCGCGCAGACCGCGAACGGGAAGGGGAAGGGUCCGGCGGCGCCGAGACCGCACGGCGGGACCCCCGGCAAGAUGAAGGGCAGCAUUUGCUCUGGGUUCAUCUCGAAGUUUGGAGUGGGGGCUCUCCAAGCAGGGUUCUACAUCGGAUCGUGUUUGACGGUGGUGACCAAGACGGCCCGCCUGCCAGACGUGUGCGAGUUCGUGAUGAACGAAGCGGAGUUCGAGCGUCGAGCGGAAACCAAUUCCGCCAUGUUCCGCGACAAGAUCAAGCAGAGGAACCCCGGAAAGAGCAGGGAGGAGGGCCCGGAGGCCGAACGGAACGGGCCGGCGCACGAGCUGCUGGGACGGUUACGGGCGGAAGAGGUCGGGAAAAGCCACUUCACCUACAUCGUGCUCACAUUGCGGGAUCAGCACAUGGAGUGGUUUACCGACCAUGAGAAAGGGUCGCUGAAGCGAGAACUGGCUUCGAUUUACCACUACUACCUUCACCCUGGACACUGCCCGGGUGGUAUCCAAAGGGAUGACGACAUGCCGAGCUCAUUCGAGGACAACAACCAUGCUGGUGCUGACGGCCGGGGGGAGGAAGGGGCUGCGAGUUCUACCGCACAAGGCGACCCCGGCGGACAGGGAAGCGGCGAAAUCGGUUCCUCUUCGGGAGGUGGCGGCGGCCAGAGGGCGCUGGAGAUCACGUACACGCGGCGCAAUCGAUCGGGACAGGCGGCGGAUGUGUUCCGUUUGGGCGACAUCACGGACGACGUCGAGAGCAGGCUCAACGCUGCGCGAAAAGACUCGUUCAUGUUUCACAUGGAAGUGCUCCACCCAAUGGUGAACCCGCGGGACGGGACGAAGCGCCUGCCCGUGACGGUGAGGAGCUUAUUGCCCGACGCUAGCGUCGCCGCAGAAGCUCGGCGCGUGCCGGUUACGGGGGUGAUCCACUACUAUCCUUACGACGGAGAGAAUGAGACCAGGCCACAAGUUAGGCCCGACGAGGAGGACGACGAGUCGAUCACCAUAGAGGCUUUCUGGGAGGGCCGCUUGGUGCCGGAGAGCCACGCCGCGUGGCUGCCUUUCUUCCCGUCGCACAAGCCACACUGGACGUGGAGUACCGUUUCGACGACAAGAUGCCGAGCCCGGCGACCUCCAAGUACAACAAGUGGAGGACGAUGA